AUGAGUGUACUGAAAAGGAGUUUUUCGCCCCGUCAUUUCCUGGAUCUUGUGGCGGAUUACGCAUACGUAUUGUACGAUGACGCGGCGGCUACCCACGAGCGCAAGCAGACGAAGCAAAUGCUUCAAACAAAUAAUGUACCAAGAGUCUUCAUUUACGAUCUACCAAUGCUGCUUUCUGAAGCCUUGAUCUCCAAGAGGCAUACCCUCCGCUCCAUCUUCGUAAUUGUUUCCACAGAAGCGGCGAUUCAGACAGUUCAGAGCAAUCAGUUUGUCGGACUCGACUACAAGGUGCUAACAGACGCUGAGAUGCUGAGGGUCUUGAAGAAUUGCGAGAGCUUUGUUGAUGACUUAAAAGCAAAGACGUCUGUGCGCAUUGGAACGCUCUCCGAGAUUAUGAUCCACAGGCUCAAGCAUAUUACAUUAGUCUGGGCGGCAAAAUUUGGCUCUGCCGGCACAAAGAAUUUCUACACUGAUCCGGCCCUCCAUACAGGGUCGAAAGCUGGCCACGACAUGAUCAAGAAGGCCGUUUCUGAUUGUGCAGACGCCUUUACUAACUACCACGGUAACAUAGUUUCAUCUUUGGCUAGCCUUGUGGAGCAAAGUGGGUACGCACCCACUGUCCCUCAUUCUCCGUCUAAUAGCGCCCUGCCAGGGGGGUCAGGUGCAGAUGUUCCCCGCCCCUUAUCAACUAUAUCUUCAUCUAUACUAUCUACCCUCCAGCACCUUCUCAGCACUCGUCACCAGUCUGUAGCGCAGCAUGUGACUGAGGUUUCUAGUCAGGCACAGAAGCAGAUCUCUGCCAGCAACCAGGCCUUUCAGACGAACGUCCUAUCUUUGAUAAAUCAGAUCCUCAACACAACUGUCGGGGGAGGAUGGCCGAUGCUCUCUCUGCACAUCCAGGAUUUUUUCCACUACUUCGCUCCCAAGAACAUUGAUGCGACGAUGGAGUACAACACUAGUGGGAUAUCUAACGGGGUUGUGCUUCUCCACUACUUCGCCGAUAGACUGGCGACAGUAUACGAACCCGUUACCUUGUCGUUAGACCUCUGCGACGAUCCCACUAAUGCCUGGUUUUACGUCAAUGAAAUCAGGCCAAUGUAUUCUUUGCAGGUAGACAAUAGCCCGUGUGGCCGCCUACUUAUUCGUGGAGACUACACAUCUCAGACAAGCUGUAUUCUACAAGACAAGUACCUCCUGUCGGGCGCCACAGAUUUAGCCACGACUUACCGACAAUAUGAGGCGUACAUUGCUAAGGCUGUCCAUGCGCUGUCUCAGCUCUUGGUCAGCGCCUGGAAGCACUCUCUUCGUGCCCAGAAGCUGAUUGUCGAGGAAAUAGAGUCUCUUAAGAGUGGACGCGUAUCUAUCAACUACGAGACGUUUCGGCACAUUAUCGCUGGCCACACCAUAGACGUAGGCAGGCAGGGGGACAAGGGAGCCUCAUCAGAAGUGCCUGGUUCAAAUGGUGCAGCAACCAAUCCUUUCAUAGGUGCAGAUCUUCCUUCAAACAGCCUUGCCUAUGCACUCCAUCACACUACCUUCGUUACAUCCUUCUCUGAUCUGAUCCUCCUUUUGGCCAUUCGGUUGAAGAGCCCUUCUCCAGACUCCACCUUUAACUUGACGGUCAAGAACAUUGGGGGCCCAGCCGCACCAAUAGUCACUGUCCCAACUAGCGGUGCAGCGCAAGGGGGCGCAGCAAAAUGGUCUUAUGCGUAUAUGCGGCGCCUGUACAUUACCCAGGCAGACAUGGACAACUACGUCACGACCAUUGCGUAUCUGACCACCCUCCCUUUUGUUAUUCUAAACGAGUUUCUUGAUUACAUGGCAUACCUAAAUCAAAAACCCUGCCAAGAGAACUUCUCAAGAUACCGACAGGCCGUCGUUCUAACUGAAAAGAUGGGACAGUUCUGUGCCCAGAAUGGGCUUUCUGAAACUGUUCUACUCUAUAUCCAGAAGAUUCUUGACGCAGAUUGUGAUAAUAUGGCAGAAGAUUUUAUCUUGGCAAAUCAGGUGGCUCUUAACUCUAUUUCUUGGCGAAUUGAUGGUCUUGUGGAUGGAUUUGUAGAGUCUUAUCUUGCACUGGUGGAAUCCACCGUUGCUGAUGACCGCCGAGUCGGGAAGAACGUAUUCGGAAGCGGCGCUCCACAAGGUGUUUCAUUGACCACUUCCGGGCUUACACGUCUCUAUACGUAUCGCUUCCUUCAUCUGUUACGGCAGUCUAUGAUUCCUCGACCAGGUGCAGAGCACGACGCGACAUCGAUUAUGGACUUCGAUGAGCAGAUUCUGCUCUCAAAGUCUCCCUAUCAUAAGGUCCAGCCCUCUAUCGCCCUGUACACACAGAGCCCCGACUGCCCUUCACUGAAAGACGACGUGAUCAGCAUCAGGCCACUAUCCAACGCAAUCACGUAUCAACUCUUUAUACCCGUCUCGGGAAGGAACCGGACGACAUUUGAGCAACUUAUAAGCCUGGCAGAUUUCAUGAGCCUCGUUGCUCGUUUUAAUCCCUUCCCUCACCGUAGCUUUACACACACCCUUAUCUUCAAUACAUCCCUAGGUCUGAAUAAUCUCUUCUACCCCUAUCAUUUGAAGGGCGCAAUAGCUAAUGAUUAUCAGCGCCUUGAACUUUCGGCCAGAAACGAUACAAACAAUGCUAAUGGAACCAACACACAAGGCACAAUCUUGGCUCACUUUUUGACGUCUCACGUUCCAGCAAUGAGCCAGUUCAGUCCAGCUUUGGUCAACGGUGGUGGCGGGCCGGGAGGUACAUGUAGCGCUACGUCCAAGGCUAAUUUUGCACUCUUGAUAGACUUUUAUAAUAAUGUCAAUCUGACUUACAACCUAACCUACAACUCGCUGAAUAGGGAGAAGUAUAAUAGAGUUCGAGUAGAGGAGGAUCGAACUGGCGGUGAUUGUGCUGUCUGCAACGUUAAGUAUGACAACUACAGGACACAUGUGUCGUCUGCUGAACACCUGAAAAACUACAAGUCGUAUAUGGCUCAGGUCUCGGGGCUUACAGAGAAUGGCGAGUCUAACGCCAUGAUCGACGAGCUUCGCUACCUCUCCCUUCAGUUUGAGCGUAUAUCUGCCAUUGGCGUACAGCUUAGCAGCAUCAUUAUCACCAUCGCUGCAGAGCUGGGCUGUACCUAUGAAUUUGUCGCAGGAAUAGUCAAUGACCUCUUGAAAUCCCUCUGUGGCGACCUAGUUAUCGAUGUCUCAGAUAUUCCACGUGCACUGUCUCCGAAUUGCAAGACCAAUACAUAUUUAAAGUGGCGAGAAGAUAACGCCCACCGUAGGCAGCUUUCGUUUGAACAGUUUCUAACAGGUAGCGGGUCUCGAAAGACUGGCUAUAAGCGGAUAAAGGCGUCGGCGGGCUCCAUACUUCUCACGGGCAUCAUGCUAGAUGUUAAUCGUGUCAAGUGGGUACGCAAUUCGAUAAUGGCGCGAUGCUGCGGAGUAGACAUCCACACAUAUAUGGACGCGCUUGCACAAGGCAAGGACUCGGGGGUCUCCACGUCUGUUUCUGGAGCGUCCUCGAUUAACAAGGUAUCUAUCGACAACAAUGGCAGCUAUUACCUUUUCCCGAAGCUUCCAUCAGAGCAGGAGUAUACAAUACCCAAGUUGAUCAUUGAUCCACGCACACACACUCAGUUUCUCUUUGAGGAGGAGGACUUUACGCAACUCAUACGAGUGAGUAUGGCCACUGUUCUCUGGCGGGCGUAUGGUGGAUCUAUCUCUGGUGAUUCUUCUGGGGCAGCCGGAUCUGCUCAUCUCUCGGCAGGCCUUCUGGCCAAUGUUGACAAGCAGCGCGCCAAAGGACAGCAGGCAGGCGCAGAGCAGGUGAAGUUUGGGUCACACAUGAUAUCAAUGAACAAAUCGGAUUACGUUUUACCGGCACACCUCCAGCACAAGUCGACAAGCUACCUCGCGACAUAUGAGUCAGAUGAUGAGUUAGAUCUUCAGCAGGAACACGUUGUUCGCAGGCUCUGUGACGAGACGCCCUUCCUCUCCGGCAGUCGCUAUAUACACGUUACAGCCGAGCUAAAGUAUCACCGGUAUGAGCGAUACAGAGCGAGAAUCAGCUGCAGGAAGCAGGAAGCGCGUGAGGAAGACCCGAAUCUGUCUGUGUCUGCUGGCGGAGCAGACUAUGAAACGCUUAAUCCUGACCUCAAUGUAGGGCUUUCUUCUGGUUCACCCACCAUAAAGCAGAGGCAAUGCUACCAUGUUACCCCCAUUACAGGGCUCGAUUUCAAGCUGCUUCGUCAGGAUAUCAUUGAUGUCGAAGUUGGUCAUAUUCCGCAAACAGGUAUGCUCGUCAAAUUAGCGAAAAACAUUUUAGAAAUUAGAGAACAGAGGCAUAUUACAGAUGCUGAACUCAUUGAAAUGGCGAAGACGGUCUUUGGGAAAAGUGAGCUGGACGACGUUUUCACAGCCACUACGGCAGAGUGGCUCAGGGCGCGGCUUGAAAACCUUGCUACUGCGCCUUCCAAAUCUAAGGAGACCCGUACACCUCAAGCAAGUGAAGAUGGUGCCGAUGAGGAAACGUCCAACGAGCUUAAUACAUAUGACGCAAGACUUUCAGGAACUAGCCGCUUGCAGAUACCGCGACUUUACUGGUACGAUCAUGCAAAUGGACGCAUGUUUGUUGACGGCUUUAAUGACUUGGAGAACGAAUUCAUUCAGCAGAGCCACAUUUCGUCUGGAUUUGAUAUAGGUCGUGUCAACGCGAUAGAAUUUAGCAGGGCCUAUGCGAAGUCCAUUGAAAAAUCUCUCCUCAGUGGACAGUCGGAAAUUACCUUUGUGGAGCGCAAUGCGGAUGGCGUAGUCAUCGAUCGUAAUGCGUAUGAGAGCACAGAUCACACCCUGCUUUCUGGCUUGAUGGGAGGCCCAAGCGCACAGUCCACCCUUGAACAAGCAUCCAGAGUGACCCGGACAGCCAACGUCUCCGCAGCUAGCCGUCACCAUAGCGCGAUGGGAAGUGCGCUAGGAGGCACCUCAAUGACAGGUUAUGGAACCGCUGGGGCUCUGCAGAAGAACACUUUCAAUUAUAACGAUAAUAUCAAGAGAAUACUCACUGCGAUUCCUGCAGCUAAGAUUGACAUCUCUCUGCUGAGCUCUCUUGCAGCCAUUCCCCUUGACAUACUGCGCGCUAUAUGUACUAACUGCGUUAACCUUAUGCAAGCAUCAGACGUGAUACUAGCUAUCAACAAUCUGGGCGAAGUGACGAACGUUAUUCCGGACGAAGUGAUCGUUGCUAUUUCCAAGUCCUUGGACGCAGAACUCCAUUGCUUCACAAUCCUAAGCGAACCAAAGAAUGCCGCCAAAGUCUAUGCAGAUCAUGUCUCCAUGAUUGGGCGGAGUAAGCGGGCAAACUCUGCUGUUGAAAGUGCCAUCGUCGCUCAUGAGCUCUCUGGGGCAGGUACGGCCUCCGGCUUUGUGGAAGAUACCGUCAAAAGCGAAAACGCUAACACAGGACUGAUGCUGAGUGCAGCAGCUCUCGCCGACGAAGCCCUCGAUGCGUAUUUUGAAACUGUGUCUCAGCAGGUUAAUCUGGCCCGAAGUUCCUCAUGCCAAGACUUCUUUGCACACAUGAAAUCGUUUUCUCCAUGUAAUCCUGGUGCUAGUGCGACGGAGCAAGCAAACAGGUAUCCGUCUAACUCUAUUCUCAGGGCAGCAAGAGCAAACUCUGUGGCUGCACCACGCCGCAUUCGUCUCGAGGAGGACAUGAUUUCCAUACAGCUUCUGGGAGAUGAGAUUGGCGAGGCGCUGCCGACUACGUCUCUUAUCGAGGGAUCGACGCUUGCCUCGCACUUGAUUACAACAGGAGAUCCUAAGAAUCUUAACAGAUACUCUGUGCUUAAAGAAUCAACUAUUCUAGAACGUGGAAUCGAAGACGAGCAUGACCUCACAUAUAUCCCCGUCAAUGGACAACAGGUCUUAAUGGUCUCGCACUAUGCUGCUCCAAUCAUGUCUAACUUCAACGCGAUUGACCCCAAUACUGCAUACUUCUCCAAGAAGUACUAUGGAAAGAUGAUUCCGACAUCCGAGUCCAUCUGUAGCGCCGUCUACUCCAGUCUCAUACCAUCUUACACAGGCACGUCACGGUUUUUAGAGCAGGUCUCAGACCUGUGGAAGGGGAGCGCUGACGCGUUUCUCGGUAGCUGCGCAAGCGUCUCGUCUGUGUACAAUGACCAGACCUUCUACAGCAUCAAGAUUCUCGACCCCUCCACCACCACUCUCAUUUCACUGGCAGCACGUGCCGAGGUCCUGCGAAGAAAGGCCGAACUAAACGCUCCCGGCUUUAACACAACAAAAGGCCUUGUGGAGCUUCGCCACGAUUGCCGAUCCCUAUGGCGCAGUACUGGGGCUAAGCCUAUUGUCGUUCUGGACCGUAGCGACAGGGGCGAGUUCCUGGGUACUCUCGGUCUUUCUGACUCCGACGGCGAAGACGCUGAUUACGACGAGAUCUCUGCGCUUGGACCCUUCGACGUCACACAGAGUGGCAAACCGGACAUAUACGCAACCCACACCUAUCAGUUCAUGAAUUGA